CAAGUUCCUGGCUGUUUCUGAGCUCACACCAUCCUCCAAGAGGGAGGAGGCCCAAGUGAUGCUGCUGCUGUUCCGCCUCUACUGCUGAUACUCUAGUGGAGCUGGAAGGGUGGUUCCUAUCGCACCAUCACCAACCAGAGAGGGAGGGGAAAAGAUCCUGGCAGCCGCUGCUGAUGUUGGGCUCCGAGGCUGCAUCCGACUCCGUCGGUCUCAAGGAAAAUGGAUUCAGUUUGUAUCGCUCCUUCCCUUCAGCAUCUUCUCCUGGUCUCAGCAUGGGCUUUCGGGGCAGCGGUUGAGGAAACUUUACCAAGGAGCACCAUGCAGUAGAUGGUGAAACAUCGCACUCCAGGAUACGAAACAGUAACAUGGCAGUACUUGUUUGAGAGGAUUAAAAACCAAAAGACUCCACUUAGAAAGGAAAAAUGUCCAAGAAAGGGCGAAAUAAGGGCGAGAAGCCCGAGGCACUCAUCGUCGCCCUUCAAGCUGCCAAUGAAGACCUCAGGACCAAACUCACAGACAUUCAGAUAGAACUACAUCAAGAGAAGUCAAAGGUAUCAAAGCUUGAAAGAGAGAAGACUCAAGAAACAAAAAGGAUUCGUGAGCUGGAGCAGCGCAAGCACACGGUUCUGGUGACAGAGCUCAAAGCCAAGCUCCACGAGGAGAAGAUGAAGGAGCUGCAGGCCGUGAGGGAGAAUCUUAUCAAGCAGCAUGAGCAGGAGAUGUCAAGGACGGUUAAGGUGCGGGAUGGGGAAAUCCAAAGGCUCAAGUCUGCUCUGUGUGCUCUCCGCGACGGCAGCAGCGACAAAGUAAGGACAGCGCUCACCAUUGAGGCCCGGGAGGAGGCCCGGAAACAGUUUGAUGCAGAGCGCCUUAAGCUCUUGCAGGAAAUUGCGGACCUGAAAACUGCCAAGAAGCAGGUGGAUGAAGCGCUGAGCAAUAUGAUCCAAGCGGAUAAAAUCAAGGCUGGGGACCUUAGGAGCGAGCACCAGUCUCACCAGGAAGCCAUCUCGAAAAUUAAGUGGGAGUCGGAACGGGAUAUUCGGAGGCUGAUGGAUGAAAUCAAAGCAAAGGAUAGGAUCAUCUUUUCCCUGGAAAAGGAACUGGAAACGCAGACUGGCUAUGUACAGAAGCUCCAACUGCAGAAGGAAGCUUUGGAUGAACAGCUCUUCCUGGUCAAGGAAGCAGAGUGUAACAUGAGCAGUCCAAAGAGAGAGAUUCCAGGAAGGGCUGGGGAUGGCUCUGAACACUGCAGCAGCCCGGAUUUGCGAAGAAAUCAAAAGAGAAUCGCUGAAUUGAAUGCCACCAUAAGAAAAUUGGAAGAUAGGAAUACCUUGCUUGGAGACGAGCGAAAUGAAUUGUUAAAACGUGUGAGGGAAACUGAGAAACAAUGUAAACCUCUCCUGGAAAGGAACAAGUGCCUCGCCAAGAGAAAUGAUGAACUGAUGGUUUCUUUGCAACGCAUGGAAGAGAAACUAAAAGCCGUAACCAAGGAAAAUUCAGAAAUGAGAGAAAAAAUAACAUCUCACCCACCCUUGAAGAAAUUGAAAUCUCUAAAUGACCUUGAUCAAGCUAAUGAAGAACAAGAAACAGAGUUUUUGAAACUUCAGGUCAUCGAGCAACAGAACAUCAUUGAUGAGCUCACAAGGGACCGAGAAAAGCUCAUCCGUAGGAGAAAGCACAGAAGAAGUUCCAAGCCAAUUAAGAGGCCUGUUUUAGACCCAUUCAUUGGCUAUGAUGAGGACUCUAUGGAUUCAGAGACAUCAUCCAUGGCUUCCUUUAGAACAGACCGGACACCUGCAACUCCUGAUGAUGACUUGGAUGAAAGUCUAGCAGCUGAAGAAUCUGAGCUUCGAUUUCGACAGUUAACAAAAGAAUACCAAGCCCUCCAAAGAGCAUAUGCCCUCCUGCAGGAGCAGACUGGAGGCAUCAUAGAUGCUGAACGAGAGGUCAAGGCUCAAGAACAGCUCCAAGCAGAAGUGCUAAGGUAUAAAGCCAAAAUUGAAGAUCUGGAGGCAACACUGGCUCAGAAAGGCCAGAUAGAGAAACAGGAAGCAGAAAAUCACCGGCUACAACAGGAACUACAGGAUGCUCGAGACCAGAAUGAGCUGCUGGAGUUUCGAAAUCUAGAGCUGGAAGAGAGAGAGAGGCGAUCCCCUCCAUUUAAUCUGCAGAUUCACCCCUUCUCAGAUGGCGUGAGUGCCCUACAGAUCUACUGUAUGAAAGAAGGUGUCAAGGAUGUCAACAUCCCUGAUCUUAUAAAGCAGCUGGAUAUCCUGGGUGAUAAUGGGAACUUAAGGAAUGAAGAACAAGUGGCCAUAAUUCAGGCCAGCACUGUGCUGUCCCUGGCAGAGAAGUGGAUCCAACAGAUUGAAGGAGCAGAGGCCGCCCUGCACCAGAAAAUGAUUGAACUGGAAAGUGACAUGGAACAAUUCUGCAAAAUAAAAGGCUACCUGGAGGAGGAAUUAGACUACAGAAAGCAAGCUCUUGACCAGGCAUAUAUGAGAAUCCAGGAGCUAGAAGCUACUUUGUACAAUGCUCUGCAGCAAGAAACUGUUAUCAAGUUUGGUGAACUGUUAAGUGAAAAACAGCAAGAGGAGCUGAGGACGGCGGUAGAAAAGUUACGGCGGCAAAUGCUGCGGAAGAGCAGAGAGUAUGACUGUCAGAUUCUCCAGGAGAGAAUGGAGCUCUUACAGCAAGCCCACCAGAGGAUCCGUGACCUAGAAGAUAAAACAGACAUUCAGAAAAGGCAGAUAAAGGACCUAGAAGAAAAGAAAAAUCGAAAACACGGAUCAUACCCCAAAAGGCAAAUGCUUUUAAACCUUCAACGAUGGCGAAUUUGUUUACACCAGUGCAAGGGAAAUCAAAAGCUAAGAACUACCCUGUAGUCAAGACUGUGUACUUUAAAGCCAUUAUUCAAGGUUUCUUACUUGACAGUUCAUAAUGACCCUGUUGAAAAUCUACAAUAUAUGCUGCAUUUAAUGAAACGUAUGUAUGUCAAACCAGAAGAAGAGAACUAUAAACAUAUGUUAUGUGAAGGAGGAAUUCAGCAAUGGAACCAGUUUCAGCAGAUCAAGCAAAGAUGUGUCUUGGGCAUGGAACCAAAGUUACAAUGAAACAUUCAACUCCUGCUGUGCAGGGGGGGUCAUUUUAAUGUAACACCACAUCCCAUGGAAACACUAUUCCUGCAAACAGACAUCGUUUUAAAAAAUUAAAACAAAAAGAAAAAAAAUACAAGGGCGGGUGGGGAAUGAAGCACGAGGAAUACCUAUGAGGAGCUAUUUACAAUAAAAUGUUUCAUUUGAAAAGUCUGGUUUCUUACUACAGGGAUUUGCUUUUCUUUCUUUGUGAUUGUUUUAAACUCAGGAACAGAAGCAUCUGCAAUGUAAAUGGAAGGAAAGCACUCUCCACUUUGUUUCUCCAAAAGGUGGUGAGAAGUCCACCCCAGGAGGGGACCCUAAGGAAACUGACAACCAAGGCUAAGGACUUCAGCGAAUGUAACUUGAAAAUAAAUUCAAAUUUGAUGCUUCCUCUUCUUACACAUCUGCAUUUCUCCACCAAGAAUGGACUGAUCUCAUUCAUAUUGAAAAUGAUGAAGAUGAUGCUCUAAACCAUAAGCUCCCAGACUUAGUUCUGAACACCAAGAUCCAUAGGGAACCAGGGCCAGAGAGCACCUCUGAUUCCAAUUUUUGUAACAUUGAUUUUCAAAUUAAAAUUGUCUGUGGAUGAAUAUACAUGAUGUGGGUAAAUCCAUCUUAGAGGUGAUAAGUAAAUUUCUGCCAACAGUUGGGUUUGCCAGAGAGAUGUGAAUAUUAGAAGUCUCCUAACAGACCUAGAGCAAUCUGAAUCUUGUUUAGAGUGAUAACGCAAUUUUCCAAAACAGAAGAUAGCUCUACUUUUUUUAUAGAGAGGAACAUGUUACUGAUAAGGCAGUUUUGUACCAGAGGUAAUUAGAAGACUGGUGCUUUUCCUAAGUUAUGUAUUACUGAAUCUUGGAUUCAGCUAGGAGAGUAAAUAUAUGUUCCUGAAAAGCUAAUUUUACACCUCAUUUACUGUAGAUAACAAGACAACCUCAAUUUUUCAAAUUUUCAAGGUUUUAUUUAUGGGGCUAGAAUUCCCAUGCAUAAAGAAUGUGUGUAGGGAGCCAGAAACUCUUUCUAUGAAAUGCUACACAAAUAGUUCCAUAUGUGAAUUGAGUAUCUUAUCAUUCAGUUUUAGCACUGGCAUUUUCAAGGCCAGCAUAACUUAAGAAUCUAUAAGAAAAAACAGAAUGCUGGGGUCCCACAUUUUGUUCAUAUUUACUCUAACCCAGGUCACUUGACCUCUCUGUGCCUCAGUUUCCUCAUCUGCAAAAUGGGGGUUAAAUGCUUUUUCAUAAGGUUUUAUUUGCAAUUCUGGAACAAGAGGUGCUUAAAGUAGCACAAAGUGCUUUGUAAUUAUUAUAAAUGCUGUAUUAUUUGACUUUCUUGUAUUGUGGAGAAACAGAUUCCCCUAUUUAAUGAACUAGUCCUUCAGCAUGGUCAAAACUGAGCAUCACCGCAGCUUUCCGAUCGAGCUACCUGGGACAUUAUUAGCAAUAAGGAUUGAGAGAUUCACAACCAGGAUAUCUAAUAAACCGCAACAAAUAGAUUGUCUUAUUCUAUUGAGCAAGACAGAGUGUGUCCUUUCAGUGCUAAGCACCUCCUAGCUCUCCUGAUUGUGAUGCAUGGCAUCAAACAAAAUCCCACAGUCAUCAGAGGAGAGCCAGCUAUGAAACCAAGGAUCAGAGAGAACAGAGAGCAUCUCAUAAUCCUGAUUGUUUCAUUCAGGAAGAUCAAGUCAUGUGUCCUAAUGCAAACAUACAAAUCAAACUAUCCAAAUGGAGACUUUACUCAACUAAGGUAAGUUCUGGAUCAAAUAUGAAUAGCAGAUUCAUUGUGCAGUUAAUGUGAAAACAGGGUACUUCUACAAUGUCUGCCACGCAGCUCAAUCACAAAUUAUGGAAGUGCAUCAAUGAGACUUUUUUCUCUUCAAUUACUCUUCACUUACCAUCCUGAGACCCAUCAGAGUAAACCCCAUACUCCAUCUGAUAUAAGCACACUUUGUUUCUCCUGGCUUCCCCAUCAAGAAACUUGUAGGUUAAAUUUUAUAUCAGAGAAGUAUUUCUAAAUUAUUAUGAAUUUUGGAAGAAAUGGUGUGAAAUAAUCAUAUGCCCUAUCUGCUUCUCUGCUGUUAAUGGAAUUGCAUCAUACUCGUACCAAAUUGUCUGGCAGCCACAUCAGUGAGGCUGAUCAUCUACGAAACUUAGAUGGGAGGAGGGGAGCUCUUUUUUUCUGUUCAACAUACAGAACAUCAAAUUUCUCUAGCUUAUAAACUAAAUGGUGACAUCUUUACCAAGUGUUGAUCAUGAUCCUCAAUAUUAAUAUGAAUAUAUUUAUGCUAAAAAGUCUAAAUAUUUUGGUAGCAUUUCUCUGAUGUCCAUUUCCAUAAUUAGAAGAGGACUGAGAAAAUUGCAAGUAUGUGUUUCUAUUAUUAAUGGAUUCAGGAAAUAGACCAUAUCUAAAUAGUUGCUUCCCUUGAAUACAAUGCUAAGAAUAACCAAACGAAAGUAUCAUUGGAAUGGAGAAGACACUAUGCUUCUGUUUCUUUUUUUAAAAGAUAAUUCCCAUUCUAUACUUUAUUAUCCUGACACACUUGGCCAAUGAAUUAUAAGGAACCAGCACCAUCUGGGUUCAUUUACCUAAUUUUUCUUAGCAAAGUAUUCAUCCCUUUGAAAAUGACUUAAGUAGUUUGAAAUAAACGAAAGCCCUAAUUUAGCAUGUUCCGGACAGUAAAAUUUCCAUAAGCGAGAAGAAACAGACUGACCAACCACACUGCAAAGCAGUCUUUAAGCUAACUGUCUUUUUCACAUGCCAUUCAACUAGCAUUUAGAGUGAUGAUAGAAUAAACUGGCAAAUCAGAUCCUUUUUGACUUGUUCUAUCAGUUAAAUUACUGCUAACAGUAAGGUUUUAGGAAUGAAAUGAUGCAUUUUGUUUUGAAUUUUCUUCAACUCAGAAAUCACUUUUCAUGCAGGUAUAUGGUUCUUCCCAACUUGGAAGGUAUGGAUCAUCACUGGGGUCAGAAGGGGUUUCCACUUGUAGUAGAAGAAAUAGUUUGCCAAAUCUUUUUUUGUUACAGUAUUUUAUUUCAACCUGUUUGGUUAUUUUUGACUAUUUUAAAUAAAUUUCU